GCGCGCCAGUCGAAGGCGAGACUUCGCUCGCGCAGCUUGUCUUCAUUUUCUCUCGCACGCUCGUUCCUCCUUCCUUCUCUCUCUCUCUCUCUUUCUCUCUCUCUCUCUCUCUCUCUCUCUCUCUCUCUCUCUCUCUUUCUCUCUCUCUUCCAUAUUCGAUCCUUCGUUCGUCCGUUCGUUCGUUCGUUCGUUCGUUCGUCCGUUCGUCCGUUCGUUCGUUCGUUCGUUCGUUCGUUCGUCCGUUCGUUCGUUCGUUCGUCCGUUCGUUCGUUCGUUCGUUCGUUCGUUCGUUCGGAAGAACGACCAACGCUGACGUCUCUUAUUCGAGUUAAUCUUCGAAGAGGAAGAAACUCGACGUUUUCCUUAUUAGUUAAGGCAAAGUUUGAAGAAAUUACGACGUUAAGCAAAGGAAAAUUCACAGCACGACUCCGCCACGUGGAGAUGCGUGCUAAAGGAUUUACGUUCGGAAGAAAAAGCGAAUAAAUUAGUUAAAAAAGGGAAUAGCGAAAGGAAUAGAAGAAACUGGGAUCGAUUUAGAUCACGAGAUUUUUUCUCAGAAAAGUCCUUUCAUGUAGAGCCUACGGACAAGGAUCGCAAUGAUACACCGUCGACGAUCUCUCUUGUUUCUCGUGCAGACGGUGCUUUUAGCAGUUUGUCACGGGAUUCAGCAGUUCGAAGAAACACCGCAGUACACGGAAGUUAAUCCCGGUCAAGAUGCAAAGUUGAUCUGUCGCGUGCUAGGCAAGAGGGGUCAGUGCAUUUGGCAGAAGGAUCAAAAGCCAAUUGGAAUGCACCUGAAGAAGUACGAGUGGGUGGGUUCACCGGACAUGGGAGAUUGCUCGCUUUGGGUCAGGUCAGCCACCUUGGAAUUCGACGACGGUUUGUGGCAAUGCCAAGUCACUGCCAGUGAUUUCACGACGCAAGACGCUUUAGCAUCGGAUCAAGCUAGGCUGGUCGUCAGGGUCAGCCCUCGGCGACCGCAGAUAGAGUACGACAACCAUCCUAUUUUACCUGGCAGCAACGUGACAGCCCGAGCAGGUGAGAUCGCUACGCUCACUUGCAGAGCGCGGUAUGGGAAUCCUCCGCCUCUAAUUAAAUGGUACGUCGGCGAGACGGAGAUCAGGACGCUGAGGCCUCAGGUAAACUCGACGGAACUAGAUAAUCCCCGUACUUGGGAGACCUACAGUGUUUGCGAGAUUUUGGCGGAGCGGUCACGUUACGGAGCGCCGAUCCGAUGCGUCGCCAUUCAUCCUGCUUACGCCAAUCCCACCAUGUCCUCCAGCACCGAAGUGAGAUUCGACGUUAAAUACGCACCGGAAACACGAUUGGUGGGCGUGCCAAACGGUCAGUUGGAAGAAGGACGAGAUAAAUUAGAAAUAAGGUGUUUGGCCGAUGCGAAUCCACCGGCUUCGAUAAUUUGGAGGCGUACGAAGAGUCUUAGCGUCACCGAUAUCGCCAGCAUCGGGGAGACCCUUUUGUUCUCGCCAGUUUAUAGAAACCAUGCGGCCGAGUACAUCUGCGAAGCAACCAACACCGAGGGUGAAAGUAGCCCUGUCAGGGUACAAGUGUCCGUAAAUUAUCCACCGACUAUCAGCUCGGUUGGCCCGGAAUGGUUGACUACGGCACUGCUUUAUUCCGGUGCAUCGUUCGAGUGUCACGCCGACGCGAUGCCACCGGCUGAAUACAGAUGGGCCCAAAUCUUCCCCGACAAUCGAAUGCCAAUGGAAUGCGGAACCGGUCAAAGAUUGAUCCUCACGAACGUGACUUACGAGCAACAAGGCCAGUACAUAUGUCUAGCCUCGAACAAGAUCAAUGGACACGUCAGAGAGGUUAAAAGCGACCCGGUGUCUUUGCAAGUGGUUGGUGCACCCAGGGUGGUGAAGCCAGGGAUCACGGAGAAGUUCGUCGUAGCAGCGACGGAAGGCAGCCCGGCGAGAUUAGAGAUCAGACUCUGUUCCAAUCCAAAGCCUCGUCUCGUUGCAUGGGAAUGGGGCGACAUCAGACUCUACGCCGGCGAGAUUUUAGAAUCUCGUUAUCGUGCUCUGGAUUUAGAGCCACUGACGUCCGAAGACUGUUACGUAGCAAUUUUGGAACUUACCAGUACGGUUAAGGAGGAUCAAAGACUAUAUCAUGUUAUCGUAGAGAAUGAUCGUGGAAGCGACCGCAGAGCUUUAAUGUUAAGGGUCGACGAACCAGGCCAGAUUCCACUCGUUAUCGGAGCCGUCGCGGGUUUCACCGUGCUCUCGGUACUGAUAAUGGGAUUCGUUUGUUUCCUACGAUCCGAUAGAUGUUGCACAGCCAGAAAUACAGCUCCGGCGUUGCAGCAAGUACAUUGUACCAAAGCUUCCAACACCCUAAUAGAGGAUCCGCGUUUGACCGUCGAUACGAUGGAACGCACGGGUCAGCAAUUUGUUCCCGAGAAACGAGCCAAUCACGUUCUGAAGCCCGUCCCGUCGCAGCAAUAUCCGCAAGAGUGCUACCAGCACGAUCCGCAACAUCCUCAACAACAUUAUGAGAGGCAUCGCCAUCACAUGCAACCACAUGGACCACAAUACUUACAGCCACGAGUCUUGCGGGAUUCAAGAACGAAAGACUGACUUGGCUGAAUUUAAAUUAGGUGGAUCAAAGUAUUAAAAGGAAAUAAAAUGAUAACAAUAAAGAAAAAACGAAAACGUAAUAAAAACCAACUAGUUGAUAUACGGUUGUGAGAAUAUAUGUGAUGAUUAUAAAAAAAAAAUUUAUAUAUAUAUACAUAUAUAUACACACAUAUAUGAAUAUUAAAGUUGUUUCAAGCUCGUUAUCAUCAAAAUGGCUAAUUCGACGUUUGUGUCAUCGAUCAACGAACACUCGCAGAAAUUUCAUUACGUCUGCGAUUUGUCGAGUACUCCAAUAUUUAUUAAACUUUUUAUCUCGCUCGUUAACAAGCAUGACGUUUCAAAAAAUCUGAAGAAUUUUGAUCCUAACUUAAUAAUUGUACGUGAGUCCAAUUUUUUAAGAGCGCGAGAGAUACUUGUUUAUUACUUAAACGCGGGUUUAUUAUUUAAAUGCGUGUUGAGCGAUAAUUUGAUCGUUGCUCGAAAUAUUGUAAAUAUUAUAACGUCCGAUAUAAAUGAAAGUCUGAAUAUAGAUAUAGAUACAGUUUGUUUUGAAUAAUUCAUAUGUAAUAUCGUUCCUACUUGGAUUUAUUUGACGGCAUUAUUAAUCUACGCUUUUUCACGAAUCCGUGCAUUUAGAAUAAUAUAGACAAUUAUUUGAUGAAAGAAAAGAAAACAAAGGAAAAAAAAAAAAAAGAAAAAAAAAAAGAAAGAAAGAAACUCAAACAGUCGAAAUAACACGUACCAUACAUACGUAUAUCUAUAUAUUUAUUGAUCAACGCGCAUGUCCUUGGAAACUUGCACUUUGUAUAUUCUAAUCCUACGAAAUGUAUGUACAGAGAAUCUUCGAUAAUACGACGCACUUUUUCCAUCCACUUCACCCAACCCCGAACCUUGAGUAUGACGCACCAGCAAGCGUAGUCCAUCAGCAUUGUUACCAUGAUUCUUAAUAAGCAAAUGAAAAUAAUAGUUUAUAUCAUAGAGGAUCGAUCGUUGGUAUCAUCGUCUGUUAGCUAAUCAAAAUAGUAGCGGUGAGGAAUUCGCAGAGCGUUCUCAUCGAGUGCAUCGUAUGAAUAUUAUAAAGUAGCAUCGUGUAAUGCGUACGAGGCAGCAUUAAGAAAGCUUUAAUCUCGUGUAAGUGCGUAUAUCUGUGUGUGUGUGUGUGUGUGUGUGUGUGUGUGUGCGUGUGGUCUUGAAAGUUUAUCAUGAAAAAAUAUCUUCGAUAGAGGCAUAAUCGCAACCACACACGCGUGUACGCGCACGUAUCACGCAAGUGCUUCUUGUGCAUCAGCAUUUUUCAUCGAAGAAAAAUUCUUUAUAUCAUAUCCGAUACGAUAUCAUCGAUCCUAUCCGACACAUUCGUACGUAGAAAGCAAGAAACGAAAGAUAACGUUGAAUCGGUAGCGAUCUUACGUACACAAACUUACAUAUAUACCUACAUAUGUAUAAUAUAUAAAUGCUUGACACGAAAUUCGCGCGAGCGAAUCGUUGGCUCGUUUUUAGUCACCGAAAAAACCGAGCUUAACGAACCGUAGAAAAGUAUUUCUCCUGCCUGUGUACAUACAUAAAUAUAUGCACACGCACACGCAAACAGACAUAUACAAAUGCUGCACUAUGCGUCCUUAACUAAGUUGCAUCGUUUCCACACCUAUCUCUUUCCACACUUCUCUCUGAGAUAAACAUUGUGCAGGGGGAGCAGCUGUUUCUCAAACCAGAUCGCUUAGCGACGUUGAAGCAUCCUAGCAAGAUCGAGAAGCCGCCGCAGUAUACCACGUUCAAGCCGGGUAACUGAAGAUAUCUUAAUGCGUGCGUCUCUCUCUCUUUUUUUUAUUUAUAAACGCGUGAAGAAAGCGCUCACGUAGCAAAGAAGAAAGAACGAGAGACGAAGGAAGUGGGAGAGAGAGAGAGAGAGAGAGAAAUAUCAAAUUACUAUUUAUAUUGUUGCUGUUAUUACUAUUAUUAUUAUUAUUAUUAUUAUUAUUAUUAUUAUAUUUGUAUAUGUAAGCAUAUAUCACGUCUUUCAAAGUGCGAAAUGCUUUCUCACGUACCUCCAAUGAAAUCAAAUUUAAUUGUAAGUUCGUACAAACAUUUAAAAAAAUUUAACGGAUAGAGAAAAUCAAAGAAUAUUGAUCAAAAUUCGCUCAUAUAUUUUAUUCGAGGAAAAAUCAAAACGAGGAAAGUUUGAUUAUCGUGUGCUCGAUAACGAAGCUCGGAGGAAAGUUGUACGAGUGACAAGGUAGGUUACAAUUAUUUUCCCUUUAUCUCAUAUUUAUCGAAAAAUUGUUUGAGUUAUCGACUGCCUCUCCGAUAUCGUCGUAGUCACUUACUUAUUCGAGUACGUAAUUAAAAGCUGCAUUUCGUUACACUGGCAGAACUUUUCAUUUAGAUUGAAAAGUUUGCGUGUUCCGUUGGAAAAAGGGGAAUCUAUUGUGUAAUAUUAAAACGAAUUUACCUCUCUCUCUCUCUCUCUCUCUCUCUCUCUCUCUCUCUCUCUCGCGUAGACUUGGGUAUUCAAUUGAUCGUCAUCAUAGUAAAACGAAAUAUUCGAAAGCAAAUUACUGACAUUGCGGAAUGUUUUGUUGAAUCAUUUAUCGAAUAUUUAAUUGUUGCAUAAGACGCCAUAGAAAAAUUCGAAUGCUCGUCUACGAAAGUUCAUAGUUAAUCUGUCGCUAAUUAAUCUGUCGGAAACAUCUCGCUGCCGGGUAUAUACUAAUAUUAUAUAACGAAAUGACUGAGUUUUGGAGCGAACCAAGUGGAAAAAAAAAGAUACGAGGAAUGUUGUUUCGGAAUGGUCGAAUCUAACUCACGAAAGUAAUUGAGUUUAUGACGUAGUCGGGAGUGAGAAGGGAGAAAGUCGGUAAAGUUCUAAAACGAACUGGUUGAUUCAAUCCGAUUUCUUCGAACGAACAGAGUAUAGAAAUGUUUCUUGUAAACGCUUACGACGUAUUGUUAAUAAAACAAUGAUUUUUUUUUAUCGGUUACUAUUUUUAUCGAUAUAUUGUAUCAGUAGAAAGGAAGAUCGUGUUUUUAGUAUCGAUCGUAUAACGAGAGUAUGCGUUAACGUGGGUGUUCGUGUGUGUGUGUGUGUGUGUGUGUGUGUGUGGUGUGCGCGCGCGCGCGCGCUCGUCCGAACGUGUGUAUGUGUGCGCGCGUGUGUAUCUGUACGUACGAGAAUGCAAGUGAGCGAGAACGAUGAACAAUGUGUUUCGUACUAUAUAAUAAACAUAAUGUACAGACCGUUGUCCAUAUCACAAAGUCUGCGCUUAUUAACGCAAAAGAAAUACUUGCAUUUAAUUUCGACCGCUGGCGAUGUCACGGCAGGUAUACGAACUUAAGGAACCGAUUUCCCAACUUGACAGAAAUAAAUCAAACUAUUAACACCCAUA